AUUGGUUGUCGAAGUAUUGCGUCAUCAUCACGCGACCGUACAGCGCCAGUAUUUCUUCAAAUAUAGCACGACUUAGGAAGAUUUCAGAAAUUUGUACUUAUAAAGUUCUACAGUGAUGGCGACGGAGGUUUUAGAAAAGCCAAUUGAGGACGCCUCGCCUGGAAAGGUCGGCACCAGAUUUGACCUGGAGAAGGAGACUGAACUCAGAUUCGAGGUAGAGGCUGGUGAUGGAGCUGAACAAGUUGAGCUGGAGCUACUGUCCGGAAUGGCAGAGGUUUUUGGAUCAGAGCUGAAUCGGAACAAGAAAUACACAUUUGGUCCGGGGGCUAAGAUCGCGGUGUUUACCUGGCAAGGCUGUAGUAUAAAUCUGUAUGGGAAACCCGAGGUGGCUUAUGUCUCUAAGGAUACCCCAAUGUUGCUUUACCUAAACACCCACGCUGCACUGGAACAGAUGAGAAAACAAGCCGAGAAGGAAAAUGAGAGGGGGCCAAGGGUAAUGGUUGUAGGCCCUACAGAUGUGGGCAAGUCAACAGUCUGCCGCUUGCUCCUCAGCUACGCUGUGAGAGUGGGAAGAAGGCCAACAUUUGUGGAGCUGGAUGUCGGUCAAAGUGGGGUCUCUGUCCCUGGAACAGUUUCCGCACUAUGCAUUGAAAGACCAGCUGAUGUAGAAGAGGGUUUUUCAGUUCAGGCUCCACUGGUGUACCACUUUGGCUCAACUACGCCUGGAACAAACAUCAAACUUUACAACAAGCUAACAUCUUGCCUAGCUGAGGUUUUUUCGCAACGCUGUGAGGUGAACAGAAAGGCAAGUGUGGGAGGAUGCAUAAUAAACACCUGUGGAUGGGUUAAGGGCUCUGGGUACCAGGCUCUCGUCCACUGUGCAUCGGCCUUUGAAGUUGAUGUGGUGUUGGUACUUGACCAUGAGAGACUUUACAAUGAGCUGAAGAGAGACCUUCCCCACUUCGUCAGAGUUGUGCUCCUUCCCAAAUCUGGGGGAGUUGUGGAGCGAUCCAAAGAGUGCCGACGCGAAGCUCGUGAUGAGAAGAUCCGUGAAUACUUUUAUGGCUUCUGUGGUGUUACCUUCUAUCCAUUCUCUUAUGAAGUGCGCUUCUCUGAUGUCCGAAUCUACAAAAUUGGAGCACCGUCAAUCCCGGACUCAUGCUUGCCCUUAGGAAUGUCUCAAGAUGAUACACAGUUAAAGUUGGUGCCUGUAACUCCAGGCAGAGAUCUUACGUAUCACGUGUUAAGUGUAAGCAGUGCAGACGAUGGAGAGGACGGGGUAAGGAAGGGUAUUGUUGAGACCCCUGUGUGCGGUUUUAUUGUUGUGACAAAUGUGGACACCCAAGCUCAGGUGAUGAAAGUGCUCUCCCCAGCUCCACGUCCUCUACCAAGACACACACUGCUGAUAAUGGACAUUCGAUUUAUGGACAUGAAGUAAUAACUGUUAUCUGGGUGAAAAGGUUUAAUCUUUUGAUUUUUGGUGAUUAUAACUUACUCAUAUGUUUUGAAUUUGGUCGUAAAAUUUUGGUAUUUAAAUUUAAAACUUUUUUUUGUUGUUUUCAAAUAUAUUUUGUCAGCUUUUAUUACAUGGUACACUGCAAAUAAUUAUCAAUGUUAAAAUCCUUCUUAAUACUAGAGUAUGAUUUUACUUCAAUGCCUAUACAUAACAUUUUGCAUAUGUACAAAGGAAAACCGUGAGUUAUAGUUAAAAGUAGUUUAGCAAGACUGUUUUCUAGUUAAACAUUUUUUCUGUUUGUACUACCAACAGAAAAACUGAAAUGCAGAACAUCUGACUUCACUCAUUGAAUUUUAGAUUUUUUGUAUAUAACUAGUAAAAUACAUAACAAAAAAAAACAUCUUGAGUAGAUUUACUGAUGUUUGUAAAUGACAAAUAAAGAUGUGAUGAU